GAAGCCGCCUCAGGGAGCGCGGGCGGGGCGGCGGCGGCGCCCGGGGAGUCCCGCCCGGUGCCCGUGGGCGGGGCCCCCAAUCCCUCCGGGGUGUGAGACUGCUCCUCGCCGCCUUCCCUCUCUGCGGGCACUUUGGCCCUUCCCCGCGGCAGCAGGAUUGGGAACUGCCUUCCGUGGACGUCGGUAAAACAAAUAUGUUUCCUCUCAUACAACGGUGCUGCUUCUACACAUCUUUCAGACUCCAGAAGCUAACGGGUCCCAGGCUGCUGCUCUGUGCAAAGGAUAAGACAACUUGGUCUGCCCUCGGCCUCCGGCUCCGGAGGGAUGUGUGUCCUCUCCUGAGACCUCCAAGCCUCAGAGCAGUUUAUGCCACCCAGCUCCAGGCUCUUCACACCUCUCUCCCCGCCUCCAAGAAGAAAAAACCUCCAGAAUCCGAGGCAGAAUCCCAAGAAAGCAAGGAAUCCCUGAAGGAUGCUCCCAAGCCAGCCCUCUACCUGAGCCUGGGGGGGCUGUUUCCCUUCGUGAUGGCCCCGCUGGCCAUGGCCACGCAGGGCUCCUACUACCCCGAGGUGGCCUUUGCUCAGGUGAUGUACGGGGCCGUGACGGCCUCGUUCCUGGGGGGAAUGAGGUGGGGCUUUGCCCUCCCGGAAGGCAGCCCGGCCAAGCCGGACUGGCUGAACCUGGCUAACGGCAUCGUGCCCCCCGUGCUGGCCUGGCAGGCCUUGCUCUUCAAGGACGCCACCCUGGGAGCGGUGAUGCUGGUGAUGGCCCUGGGGAUAGCCCUGCAUUAUGACAUUGCCCUUCUCCCCCCGUACCCGAGGUGGUUUCGGAGGCUGAGGGUGUGGGGAACAGUGGUGAUGGUGUUGUCCCUGCUGGCCACUGCAGCAUUGAAGCUCAUUUUAGAGGAGCAGAGGCUUGAAGGGAGAAAUAACUGGCAGAACACAAACUAAUAAAUCGAUAGGGAGGAGAUAUUGUCUGUCAAUGAGGUAUUUGCUUGGAGUUCCCGGAGAAAUAAAGAACUGAUUUGUGCUUAGGAGUGGUGAUGGCAGGGAUCAAGAUGCUUACUCUCAAAGGAAACUUGAUUUUCCUACUGGUUUUCAAGCUAGUUUAGGAGGGAAGGAUUGCAAAUAGCAAUGACUUCCAAGGCAAGUGGGAGUCUGUCCUUAUCCAUAGAACAAGGAAUCGCUCUUGAAUGACAUAUUGGUGUCCUAGGAAUUUCAAAUGGAGAUUCAGAAUGAUGUGGGUAUGAAUUGCUGUAGGCUGAGUUAUUAAAGUAUCUGGUUUAACUAUAAUGUGUGAUCAUGUUCUUAGGUGAGGAGGACAACUGUGUGGUCAUAAACAGCAACAAGGUGAAAGCAGUUUUAGUUUGGUGUUUAAAGCAGCAGCAGAGAACUGUGCACAAGCACAUCCAUGUUCAGUUCCUGCAACAAGACUCCUAUUUCACCUGAGGAGGUGCUGCAAAUCACAGAAUCAUUUGGGUUGGAAGGGGACUUAAAGAUCAUCUUGUUCCAACCCCCCUGCUAUGGACGAGGACACCUUCCACUAGACCAGGCUGCUCAGAGCUCCACCCAGCCUGAACUCUUCCAGGGGUGCUGUGUGAGGAAGUGCUCAGUGCAGAGUCAGUAAGAAAGGCCAGGUGAGGUUUGUUUGCAGGGCAAGCCAAGGUCAGCACUCACCUCAAAUAUGUCAUUCAGUUGCUCUGCUGGAGUGGGGAAAGCUGAAGGGUGAGCUUUGUGUCUUUGAUGAGGCACCAGAGGAGACAGAAAGUCAACUUCCUGCUCAGGCUUACUAAAACAAAAAAGGGUAUGUGGGCCACCUGCUCCUAGGUUUUGUUUGGAAUUAGGGCUGCCCAGCAAAGGAAGCUGCGUGCAACACAGCCAGGAAGAUCUGCCUCACUCCUAAAUUAAAGCACUGCAAACUGAUGUUAUACAGUAAGACACGAGGACUCCAGUGCUGGCACUAAGGGACUAGUUAAAGGGAUUGAAAGUAGUUUGUGUCUUUUCCCUCCUGAGAAUCCAUAUAUUUGAGCUCCCAGAACGGGUACAGAUGGAUUGGUAAUCUGCAAACCCUCCCUGAUGGGCCUGUUACUGAAACCCCUGCAGAAGCAGAUGGCCUUUGUACUUCAGUCUUCCUAACACAUCAUUCAGCAGAAGUCACAGCCUAAGUCAGGUGGAUCCUCUUCUCUGGUCUCAGGUACCUCUGGAAAGCCAUGAAAUUGUAUGUGAGCAUAUUUACUGUAAGCUUUUAACUGGAAAUCUUUAAGUACAGUGUAAUAUCCAAGAAAGCUGAAAAGUGACAUCCACACAUGGUUUUAGGACCAUUUGGUCCUCAUAGUUGUUAAAUCACUGAUCUUCAUCAUUCUACACAGAAUAAAGCACAUAUUGUCACUUAGACUUUGUUAUCUGUUCACUCUGCAAAGAACAGAGGUUUAAGAAGCCUGUUUGUCCUGGAGAUAGAGGCAUCUUGUGUGGUAUCGCUGAAACUGCAGCUCUGUACACCAGCCUAGCACUUCUGCAACCUGUCAACUUUUGUAUGGUAACAGCAUCAUCCCCCUGAAGCAAAAAUAUACAUCAAUGCUCUCUGAAUAUAAAGGAAAUAAAAUUGA